AUGACGGAGGGCGAUCUCGGCGAUGUCAAUCUUCUCGAAUGGUCGCACGAGCUCGAUCGUACUCUUCUGAGUCAUGCUUUCCGCCCGCUUCGGUCGUCCAUGGAUGACAGAGACGCAUACUUUCUCUACAAGCUCGCCUUUUCAACAUCGCGCAAAGAGAUCGGCUUCCUUCUGUUGGACUGCGACGCAUGCAACGCUUUCUACGAGGGAAUGUCUUUCCGCACACUUGAUAGGCGCACCAAGAUUGAAUUCGCGAGCGCAACAACAUCAGACUCCAGCGAUGCGGCCCGUCUCGUUCAGAUCGUCGCGGUCAUUCAUCACGCACUAGAUCCCCGCACGGCGCUCGACUCCAACCUCAAGACCACCAUAGGAAUCGAGACCACCCGGUUUUCAUCGUCUUUAUCGAUCAGCGUCAAGUCUGAGCCGGACCCUGCUCGGAAUCUCAAGACCUCCUUCGACCUCGACCCGCUAGAUCAUACCUCUUCGUCCAACAUGAUCUCUGCUCAGUUCAUCAGGCCGUUGCUCAGCCUCGCCGAAGUGCUCGCUCGCUCAGCUUCGCAACAACAGCUCGCCCACAUUCAGCAGCACAAAACCUCUCAUUCGACUACAACGAUCUCGAACGAUUCGCUCGAACUGUUGCGGCGCUCCGCCUUAGCGACCGCAGGCAUUGCCGCCAAGUCGUUCCGCCCACUCUGCACUCACCAGUCCGACCAAACCGCGCAGUCAUCGACACCUGUCGCAGACGAUCACCUCCUCGUGCCGCUUCCAGCUUUCGCGGGUCUCGAAGACAAAGGUGACUUAUCCGACAUGAUCUUCUUCGGCCCUACUGGGCUCAAGCCGCCCGAGCGCCUGCACAGCGUUUCUCGAUCCGCACAUGCCGAGUACAACGAGCACCAAAGACCAUCACCGCCCGUCAUCAGCUCUGAUUUCGACACAGAGGAGGCCGAUCGAACGCUCACACAGUCCAUCGCUGAACCAACCAGUCACGGCGUUAGAGAUCGUGCCAGCACUCCGGUCUUCGAAGAGGCAAGGCAGAAGGUCUCGCUCGACAAUGCGGGCGAAUCUAACGACUCGGACACCAGCGAGGAAGACGAAAGCUUGCCGCUCACUCGCAGCAACAAACGCGAUGACGACUCACAGCUUCCUGCAACGGCACCGAGUCCCCUGGACGAGAAGCCAGCGUCGCCACAGCAAGGAUCACACCCAGUGUCGACAACCAGCAGCACGAAGGCUGCUGCUGACAUGACGGCCAAAUACCAUCCGUCCCCAUCGCCGACUGUGCCCCAGAUACCUCAAAGCAGUGCUACGAGCCAGUACAGCGAGCGCGAGGAGCAACAGCGACGACGUCUAGAGAUUGCGAGGAUCAAGCGCGGGGCCAGCGAUCAAAAAGCUCCGCUCUCGAGCAGCUCAGCUAGCUCGAACGGCGCCGGCGCCAAACCGAACGCGACGAGCCGCAAACGCGCCCGCUUCUGA